AUGCAACAUUUAAAAUUCAUUACGCUGAUUUUAAAAAGAAAUUAAACGAAACACGCAAUAAAAAUUGUACACAAAAACAAUUCGUAACAACAUGACAAACCAAUCGAAUCCUAUUGUAUUCUUCGAUAUAGCCAUAGGCAGCACGGAAGCUGGCAGAAUCAAAUUUGAACUUUUUUCUGAUGUGGUACCGAAAACUGCAGAAAAUUUUAGGCAGCUCUGUACAGGUGAAUAUAGAAAAGAUGGUAAACCAAUAGGAUACAAAGGAUCAAUCUUUCACAGGGUGAUCAAAGAUUUUAUGGUUCAAGGUGGUGAUUUUGUCAAUGGGGAUGGAACAGGCAUGACAAGUAUAUAUGCAGGCAGACCUUUUGCAGAUGAAAAUUUUCACAAAAAGCAUGACUGUGCAGGGAUACUUUCCAUGGCUAACAGCGGCAAAGACACAAACGGCUGCCAGUUUUUUAUUACAUGUGCAAAAUGUGAAUUCUUAGAUGGUAAACAUGUUGUUUUUGGUAAAGUUAUUGAUGGUCAUCUUGUGCUUAGGAAAAUUGAAAAUGUUCCUGUUGGCCCAAAUAAUAAACCCAAAAUUCCUGUCACAAUAUCAGAGUGCGGGGAAAUGUAGACUAAUCAUCCUUUGUCAUUUUUUUUCAUUAAUGUACAGAAUAAAACUAUUUUACUCUA